UAUAUAUAUAUAUAUUUCUCUCUCUGCUUCGGCUUCGGCUCCGUCGAGGUUUUUGUGUGAGAUUUGCAUAGAAUUGAAAUCGCCGCCCUUAGUCCGUUCGUUCAGGUGAAUCGAGAUGGUUUACAUAGUUUCGUGGGACGAAUUCGUAGAUCGAUCUGUUCAGCUUUUCCGAGCUGAUCCCGAAUCUACUCGGUAUGUCGUCAAGUAUAGACACUGCGAUGGCAAGUUGGUUCUUAAGGUUACUGAUAACAAAGAGUGUCUCAAGUUCAAGACAGACCAAGCACAAGAAGCCAAGAAGAUGGAGAAACUGAAUAACAUAUUUUUCACACUCAUGGCCAGAGGACCUGAUGUUGAUCUCUCUGAGGUCACCGGCAAAGAACCGAUGGAGACGCAGCCAACCAAGAAAGGAAGAGGAAGGAAGCAAUAAGUCUCGUCAAUCUGUUUUUUUUCUAUGUUUCUUUUCCUCAUAUUUGGUAUCAAGAUUUUGAUCCAUUUUUUUUGUUAAAUAUGUUGAGAUGGAUUUUUAGUAAUUACGUUUGCGUUUGCUCUCUUUUUGUUAUGAUCGUUCGUAUCCAAGUUAUUUACAUUGAAAUAAUUUAUUUUUAAGUGUUCAAAGAGUA